UUUAGGAUUUUCACCACACUAUUGGCACUAACCAAAGCCAAUGAGCCACCCUACUGCCAUCCGUUUGAAGACUUCACCAGCUGGUACUGGCCCGACUACCCGGUGGAAACCUGGACCGUCACCGCGGACAUCACUGCCAUGGAUCAAAUAACCGCCGAUCAUCAAAACUCCGAUCAACAGUGCACCACGACGAUCAACGUUCUGGUGCAAAACAUUUCCUCGUUUUCCGCGUGGAUCCCGGACGACGAAGACCGCCGAACUGUGGACAACCUCUGGAUCGACGGCGCGGAAAUUGACCGAUUGGGGGUUCCACUGAAUGUGGUGACGUUGCGAUUGUCCAAUGUGAAGCUGAACAAUUUGAUCGUUGUUUCGUUGGAGAAGGUUGAGUUUAGUUUGGAGAAGGUAUUUUUGAAGAAUGUUUCGUUAAAAGUGAUGCCACAGAAUGUUGGGAAGCUGCGCUCGUUGGAUUCGUUGAUCGCGGAUCAGAUUGAGUUGAAAGUGCUAAAUUUGUUUGAGUUGAAUCUGAAAUAUUUGCAGAAGGUUCAGAUAACAAACAGUAGGCUGAUUUCGUUCUCAGUAGGCCAUGCUUAUCUUCCAAGUUUGUUCGUUUUAAACUUGAGUGGGAAUCGCAUUCAAGAUGUUCCGGAAGAUUUCGCCCAACUAAACAACCUUGGCGAGUUGGAUCUUUCUAAGAACAAAAUAACCUUUCUUCAGAUGAGUGUCUUCAGUGGACUGAACAACCUCCAGAAGCUCGAUCUCAGCUACAAUCCCCUGAUCGUAGGAGCCAUUGGCGUCGUGCAACUUCCAGCGCUUCGCGAUUUUUCCUUGCAGCACUGUAAUCUGAAAUAUCUGGACGUUCUGUUCUGGCGAAUGCCCGAGCUGCGCUCUUUCAACCUGGAACACAACGAGCUGAGUCACGUGGCUUAUCUGGAAAACCACUUCAACGAGGAUACUGUGCUGUACUCUGCUGGAAACAUCUGGAGCUGUGACUGGUUGAAAGUUGCGACCAAGACGGUAGCGUUCAGGCAGACGGGCACAACUUCCAGUGCUCGCAACGAUCAAGUAGGCGGUGUCGGGUGCGAUAAGGGACUCGGACUCAGCGUGGACCCGUUCAACAGUGAGCUGCGCGAGAUGGCUACUUUGAUGGAUCGCAAGCUGGACAGAAUCGGGAAGCUGUUUGAGCGGAUUGCUCGUGCGGUGGGAAAAGAAAAUGUGUAA